GAAGAGGCUGCAGGAGUCAGCUGUCUCCAGAAGACGGAAGUGACGCAACACUUCAGCCUGCAAGAAAACCGGAAGUUAAAACUUCUCCCAACAACAAUGGCGGCCUCCAGGACGGGAGGCGUGAGUGAAGCUCAAACCGGGAAAAAACACAAAAACACGAAAAACCAGGUGGAUGAAUCUGAACUCCUGACUGUCCCUGAUGGAUGGAAAGAGGCGGCGUUCUCAAAGGAAGACAACCCCCGCGGUCUGCUGGAGGAGAGCAGCUUCGCCACCCUCUUCCCCAAAUACAGAGAAGCCUACCUGAAAGAGUGCUGGCCGCUCGUGGAGAAGGCCUUAGGAGACGCACACGUCAAAGCUACUCUGGACCUGAUAGAGGGAAGCAUCACAGUUUGCACCACAAAGAAAACGUUUGACCCGUACGCCAUCGUGCGAGCCAGAGAUCUCAUCAAGCUGCUGGCCAGGAGCGUCCCAUUCGAACAGGCUGUGCGGAUAUUACAGGAUGACAUGGCGUGUGACAUCAUCAAAAUCGGGACCCUGGUGAGGAACAGAGAGCGGUUUGUGAAGCGAAGACAGCGGCUGAUUGGCCCCAAGGGCUCCACCCUAAAAGCAUUAGAGCUGUUGACCAACUGCUAUGUGAUGGUGCAGGGCAACACGGUGUCGGCACUGGGGCCUUACAACGGCCUGAAGGAGGUGCGCAAAGUGGUGAUGGACACGCUGAAGAACAUCCACCCCAUCUACAACAUCAAGACGCUGAUGAUCAAACAGGAGCUGUCCAAAGACCCCGACCUGCGGGCGCAGAGCUGGGAACGCUUCCUGCCCAAGUUCCGCUCCAAGAACCUGACCAAGCGCAGGGAGCCCAAGAAGAAGAGCACGAAGAAGGAGUACACGCCGUUCCCUCCGGCGCAGCCAGACAGCACGGUUGACAGAGAGCUCGCCACAGGAGAGUUCUUCCUGCGUGAAAGUGUGAAAAAGAGGAAGAAGAUGGCAGAGAUCAAGGUGAAACAAGCAGAAGCGCUGACCAAGAAGCAAGAAGAGCGGAACAAAGCUUUCAUUCCUCCUAAAGAGAAGCCCUUAAUGAAGAAAACCAGCAAAGCUCCUACGGAAGGCAAACUGGACAUCGAAGCCAUUAAGGAGAAAGUGAAAAAAGCCAAAACCAAGAAACUGGGGGCUCCACCGGUGAGCCCAGCUCCCCCCCCCACCGCCACCAGCAGCACCGGCGGCAGAAAGAAAAAGAGCAAAACAAAAAGCAGAGGCUAACCACAGACUUCCACCAUCGUAGAUGUGAUAUGUACCAUGUGAGAUGGUAUUUGUUGGACAGAUUAAGGACACAAGAAGAUGGGACGUCAGACAUACAGUGUGUGCUUGGAUCAAAAUGAAUUGAAAAUACUUUUAUGAGGAUUUCCUGUUCAUAUUACCUAGAAUAAUCUUCUAUCUGGAGACCAAGACAUGAACAGACCACCAGUUAGUGAUGUCAUACAUGUUCCUCUUGUCUUCCCCCUAACUGUUGACCAGAUUUUGUACGGUCAGUGUUUAUAGGUUUUCAAAAUAUGUUGUUCUCCUUCCUCGAGGGCGAUGUGUGUUCAGGAGGAGGCCGACUCAAUCGGAUGGAAAUGUCAAAUUAAAUCGAGAUUUUUAACAACCUGGA